AUGGCUGACCCGGGUGCUGGCAUAAUGAUCGCCAUGGAGAUGGAACCCCAGAACACUGUUUGCCCCAACAAACGCCACGCUGGCCAACUGCCGCAGCACAGAGCAGCACGCUCCUCGUGGUGCUCCUGCCCUUCGGGUAACCCCCAACCAGCUGUGCCGGCCAGCAUCGCACCCCAUCACCCCCCUUUGCUUCUGCCCACAGAGAGGUUCCCCCUCCAGCUGCCGACAGGACCAGAGGUGCCCAGCAUGAGCUUCACCACCCUGACCAUGCCGCCACCGGUCACUGCUGGUGUGCUGCCCUCUGUCCCGGGGCUGCUGAUCACUGUUCGGCCUUCCCAGCUCCACACCAUCACCCACCAGCCCGCCCUGGCAACCUGGCAGGGGGUGCAGGGGCCCCUGGGGGACUCGGGGCAGGUCGUGCAGCUGCCACACGUGCUGCAGCUCCCCAGCGGUGUGCAGCUGCCCCCGCUGCCUGCCCCUUGUCCCCCUGCCUAUGGCCGGGGACAGCAAGUGGUGAUGGGGACACUUGUGCCCCACCAGCCAGUGGGGCUGGGCCCAUGGGCCGUGGGCCAGGGGCAGCCCCUCUACCCUACGGGCUGCACUGUGCUGAACGUCCCUGCCCAUGCUGGGCCCCUGCCACCCCAACACCCUGCGGCUCAGCACUGCGUGCAGGUCUCCCCUGUGCUCCGCACCCAUCCUGGCAGCACCCAGAAGCUGUUGGAGGCCUUUAACAACGACGUGGUGGCCAGUGAGGAUGGCGUCCCUGCUGCCACCCCCUGCCAGCCCGCCCUGGAUAUGCUCUCUGGCAGAAGCAGGACCAAGCACCAAGAAGUGGUGACCACCCCGCCAAGCCCAGAGAAUCUCCUGGACCUGCCCGAGCUGGGGCCAGAUGCCUUCAACGAGGCCUUUCCUGAGCUGGCAGAGGACAAUCUGCAGUUUCAGGAUGAGCAUUCGUCCACCGUGGACAGCAGCGACCCGCUCGCCUGGCUCGACAGCAUCCUGGAGCUCCCUGAAGUUCUCAGCGGCUCCUGCUUGACCACCCUCCUCAACAAGUUCCCGGAGUUCUCAGAGUACGUGGCAAAGGGUGGCUGCUCCAAGGAGCAAUCACUGGCGGCAGGGCUGGGGGGCAGCGAGGACACCGACCGUGGUGUCCCUGAUGUCCCUGUCUUGACCACCACCCUCAACAGGAUCCCUGACCUCUUAGAGUGCAUGAUGGAGGGCAACUGUCCCAAGGACCAAGUGGUGGCCGCAAUGCAGGAGGACACCAACCCCUCCUGGCAGAGGGUGGCAACAUCCCCCUUGCUGGACGCCAAAGGCAAGCAGGGUGGGCUGGCAGCGGUCUUCCCCACCCGGCUGCCAGAGAGCCCCAUGGAGCCCUCUCAGGAGGGUCCUAUGGACACUUCAGAGGAGAGCCCCUUGAAGGGAUGCUCAGAGGGUGCCCACAAGGGUCUCCCAGAGGGUCCUCAGCAGAUCCUGCUGAAUAGUCCCCUGGCCAGCCCCCCGACUGCACCCCAGCAUCAUCUGCCCUGCAUGGCCCAGCUGGUGGAGGAGGUGCUGCGGAGGCAGCCCCGGGUCAUUCUGACCCACUUGCCACCACCACUGGGCAUCUUCUCCUGCCGGGUGGUGCCCAGAUCAGGCAAGGCUGCUGGUAAACAGGCCAAGCGCCCCACAUUGGCUGACACCCUCGGGAUGCCAGAGAUGUCCCCACGGGGCAGCAUGCCACCCAAGAAGAGGAAGAAGAUGGUGGUGUGCCCGGUGGCAAAAAGCUCCAAAACCCUCUGGGAGGGGAAGCCACACAGGGAUGCCACGGCAGUGGGCUGUAGUGGGGAGCAGGGGGGCAGCAGCAAGCAGAGGCCAUCCAAUAGCGACUAUGUGCCCACCAAGCGAGCCAGAACCCUGAGGAACACCAGGAGACAAGGUGCUCCACGCUGCCCCAGUCGCCGUUGAUAUAUUGAUAGAGAAGGUGUGGAGCACAGAUCCCUCUGACGUGUGACCUGCACCCGCCCACUGCAGCCCCGGCCCUCUACCAGAUCUGUCUGUCUUAAUUCAUUAAAGGUUUGAUGUUCCUUGCACAGUGCCUCUGCCUGCGGUCAUUCACGCAGCGGGAGAUGAGGGUUAAUGCAGCCCCUGCCACAUGCAGAGAUCUGACGCUCCACCUUCCCCU